AUGAGAAAUCACCUCUGUUUUCAGAUUUUCUUCAUACAGUUUUACUUAAUUUUAUUUGGUGUUUCUUGUAUAUGUCAAAUCGAGCAGCAAUCGAUUUUGAUCCGGUUGAAGAACGAAUUACAGUUCAAUUCUUCGUUGUCAUCAAAAUUAGUGUCUUGGGAGCCAAAUGCAGCAGAUUGCUGCACCUGGAUAGGUGUUAAUUGCAGCAUUGGGGGUCAGGUUAUCGGUCUAGAUUUAAGCAACGAAACGAUAUCUGGUGGUAUUGAUGAUUCUAGUUCUCUCUUCCGUUUAGAGAGUCUUGAGACGCUGAAUCUGGCUGGAAAUAACUUCAAUUCCACACCGAUUCCUUCAGGAUUUGGCAGUUUGACUAGCUUAAGGAAUUUAAACCUGUCAAAUUCGUGGUUUUCAGGCCAGAUUCCUGGAGAAUUGUCGCAUCUGACAAAGCUUCAAGUUCUUGAUCUGUCUUCUCUUUUCUCCUUUCGGUCACUGAAACUUGAGAGCCCCAAUCUAGCGAUGCUUAUCAAAAACCUCACACAGCUUAAAGUUCUUUAUCUGGAUAGUGUGAACAUAUCGGCACAAAAAUCAGAUUGGUGCCAGGCUUUAUCCUCUUCUUUGCUUGAUUUGGAGGUUUUGAGUUUGUCAACUUGUCAACUUUCAGGCCCUUUAGAUGACUCCCUUGGGAACCUACACUCACUUUCUGUAAUUCGUCUGGCUCAGAACAAUCUUAGCACUCCAAUUCCAGAUUUCUUUGGGAAUUUCAGAAAUCUGACUACUCUGCAUCUUGGUAAUUGUAAUCUGCUUGGAACAUUUCCCUCGAAUGUACUCCAGUUGCAAAAUUUACAGAUUCUGGAUUUAUCUGUCAAUAGGAAUCUUCAUGGUUCCUUAUCAGAUUUUCCUGUGAAUGGAUCUCUUAAAAGUUUAGUGCUCAGCAACACAAACCUUUCUGGGGCAAUACCGGAAUCUAUCGGGAAUCUUAAGAGCUUAUCCCGGAUUGAGCUUCCAAAUAACAAUUUCAGUGGAAGAAUUCCCAAGUCAAUGGAAAACCUCACCCAAUUGACUUACCUUGACUUGUCCUCAAACAAGUUAACUGGCCAAAUCCCAUCCUUUCAGCUGUGCAAAAAUCUUACCCACAUUGACCUCUCACGAAACAGUUUAUCGAGUAUCAUCCCUUCUGCUCAUUUCCAGGAUCUUCAAAAUCUUGUGUUAUUUAAUCUAAGGUUCAAUACCUUCAAUGGAAGCAUACCUUCAUCUCUGUUCAAUCUGCAGCAAUUGCAAAAGAUACAGCUUUCCAACAACAAUUUUGAUGGUGUACUUACUGAUUUUUCUAAUCCAUCAGCAUCUUUAUUGGACACUCUUGAUUUAAGCAGUAACAAGUUGAAAGGACAAAUUCCCAAGUCCUUCUUCCAACUUAGAAGGCUUAAUAUCCUCUUGCUAUCGUCAAACAACCUCAAUGGCACGAUUUAUACAAAAGAUUUCCAGGGCCUAAGCAACCUAACAACCCUUGAUCUUUCCUUCAACAACUUGUCGAUUAUCACAAGCCCAAUCCCCUUGCUUAAUCUUCCAAAGUUUUUCUCAUUAAAGUUGGCUUCAUGCAAUCUUCAUAAGUUCCCUAAACUACAAAACCAAUCAAGAUUGAUAAAUCUAGACCUUUCAGACAACAAAAUUGAUGAAGAAAUACCAAACUGGAUCUGGCAAGUUGGCAAUGGAAGCCUUUCAUAUCUGAACCUUUCUCGUAACCAGUUAGCUUCCCUCCAAGAGCCCUAUUUUCUGCCCGAUCUUGCUGUCCUCGACCUGCAUUCCAAUCGCCUCCACGGGGCGAUUCCAAUUCCACCACAAAUUGCGACCUUCAUUGAUUACUCCAACAAUCGUUUCAAUUCCUCACUCCCUGAAACCAUUGGGGUAAACCUCACUUUUGCGUAUUUCUUUUCGGUUUCUAACAAUUCACUCUCUGGGGAGAUUCCCGAAUCCAUCUGCAACGCUACCUACCUCAAGGUUCUUGAUUUGUCAAACAACAAUUUAACUGGAAGUAUACCACAGUGUUUGAUCGAAUCUGGUGGUGGCAGUAUUGGGGUGCUCAACUUGGGAAGCAAUAGUCUCAGUGGAAGAAUCGAGGGAAUAUUCCCAAGCACAUGUGGCCUAAACACUUUAGACCUUCAUGGAAACCAUUUGGAAGGAGAGAUCCCAAGAUCUCUUGUCAAUUGCAGCAUGCUAGAAGUCUUAAACCUUGGGAACAACAAGAUGAACGACACUUAUCCUUGCUCUUUGCGUAACAUUACAAGUUUGCGUGUCCUUGUUCUGAGAUCCAACAGCUUCCAUGGGUCUGUGCUUUGUAGGGAUCAACAACACAACAAAUGGUCAAAUCUUCAGAUUGUGGACAUAGCUCACAAUGAAUUCAAUGGCUCUGUCCCUACAACUUGUUUCUGGCAAUGGGAAGCAAUGACAAUUAAUGAUGAUGGUGAACAAUGGAGCAACAAGCACCUUACUUUCCCGGUGUUACAGCUCAAUAACUUGUACUAUCAGGAUACUGUCACAGUCACUGUCAAAGGACUUGAGUUGGAGCUUGUGAAAAUCCUGACAAUCUUCACAUCCAUUGAUAUCUCCAGCAACCGUUUUUCAGGAGAAAUACCAGACACAAUUGGGAGACUCACUGCUCUGUAUAUGCUCAACAUAUCACAUAACGACUUCACAGGCUCUAUCCCACCAUCUAUCGGGAAUUUGAGUCAGCUUGAAUCAUUGGACAUGUCAUCAAACAAUCUAACUGGAAAGAUCCCAUCAGAGCUCACCGAUCUUCCAUUCCUUUCUGUUCUUAAUCUAUCAUACAAUCAAUUGGAAGGAAGAAUCCCAACAGGCUCCCAGUUUCAGACCUUCCAAAACACAUCAUACAAAGGAAAUAUAGGAUUAUGUGGGUCUCCAUUGAACAAAAUAUGCUCCACUUCAGAUGUAAUCAAACCAAAGCACACAACAACAAUUUUUGGAGAUUCUAAUGGAUAUGAUUGGCAGUUUAUAUUCACUGGAGUGGGAUUUGGGGCAAGUGCAGCCAUUGUUGUAGGGCCUCUUGUGUUGUCUAAGCAAGGGAGAAACUUCUGGGACAAGUACACAAACAAGAUUGUGGAGAUUAUCUGUCUGGUUUUGGGUAUCCAUUAUGCAGCUUAUGGGUUAUUCAACCAUGAUGAAAAUGAGACACAAGACAUGGAUGAAAGCUCAGAUGAAGAUGAAUUUCUGUCAGAAGUUGAUCAGUCUAAAGGAAGGUAUUGUGUGUUUUGUACCAAACUUGAUUUUUCUAGGAGACAAGCCAUUCAUGAUACAAAAUGCACUUGCUUCGACCAAACACCAACAUUGUCUACCUCAGUGUCCACUUCUUCAUGGGAAGUAGAGUCUUCGUUUACCAAAUUGUGA